AUGAGAACCCCGAUUGCCAACUACAUCAAGCACCAUACUUUAAUCUUAGAUGGUGGCCAGGGAACAGACCUUGAAGAGAGAGGGGUUGACAUUGGGAAUCCGCUGUGGUCCACGCUACCGUUCCUUACUAGAGAUGAAGUACAAUUACAGUGCAUUCGUGAAAUGUAUCGUUCAUUCAAAAAAGCUGGUGCUAAUGCCCUCAUGACAGUAACGUAUCAGGCGUCCUAUCAAUCUUUACUUAAAUAUAGCAAUGGCAAAGUGGCUAAUGAACAGGAUUACAAAGACUUUCUGAACUAUAUUAUCAGUUUUACCGAGAAAGAGUGCAUCUCGUCGAAUGACUAUCUGAUCGGUAGCGUAGGGCCGUACGCAGGUUUUCUUGGGAAUGGCGUUGAAUAUAGCGGAGAUUAUGGGCCAGAAGAAAUUGAUUUUCUAGAGUAUUAUCGGCCGCAGGUAUCCCACUUCGCAACAACGGAUCGCAUUGACGUUAUUGGUGUGGAAACGAUACCAAAUGUAGAUGAAUUCAGGUCACUAUUAACUCCUGAGUUUGCAGCUCUAUGUGGGACAAAGCCGUACUACAUUAGUAUAACCACGGACAACGAAGGAAAUUUAAGAGACGGCACCUCUGUUAGAGACCUCUGUCGUUAUAUCAGGCAGAGUAUUACCGCGCUACCAAGUUCUUUACUUUUCUUGGGCGUCAAUUGUGUUGAUUUUACGCAUUGCACAAGUAUAGUGACCAACCUCAAUAACAACUUAUCUGGAUCUCCCCUAAAGUUCAGGGCUGCCUACCCAAAUUCGGGUGAAAUCUACGAUGGUACCACCUAUUCGUGGAGUCCAAACCCUAAUAGUGCAUCGGGUAGCACUUGGGAGAACUUGACCUCGAGUUUAUUAGAAGAAAGGUGUGUCAUGAUUGGCGGCUGUUGUCGGAGCAGCUCGCGCGAUAUAGCUCUGGUUUCCCGUGUGGUGCAGAAGCAGCCAGGAGCUUAG